AUGUCUAAGACUUAUGUGUGGAAAAGGGUGAUACAUGUGGCUGCAUCAGGAACAUUGAUCACAACUCAAACCUCGACUGGAAAUGGGAUCAAUGUUGAUCUCAAUCACCCAUUCUUUCUUCAUUCUUCUGAUGCUCCAGGAAUGAGCCUCGUCAAUGCUGUCUUUGAUGGGAAAGGUUUUCAAGGAUGGAAGAGAUCCAUUCUCAUAGCCCUUUCAGCCAAGAAUAAGGUGGGUUUCAUCAAUGGAACAGUUGCACCUCCUCCUAUCACUUCCAAGGACUAUCAAUCUUGGUCAAGGUGCAAUGAUAUGGUUACAUCCUGGCUACUCAACUCUUUGUCCAAAGAUAUUGAAAACAAUGUCAUAUACUCCAAUUCUGCCAGAGAUCUGUGGAUUAGCUUAGAACACAGAUUUGGCCAAUCCAAUGGUGCCAAAUUGUACCAUCUGCAAAAGGAAUUAUCAGGAUUAUCUCAGGGAACAAAUGACAUAGCAUCUUAUUUCACUAGACUCAAGCGACUAUGGGAUGAAUUGGACUCACUGAACUCUAAUGUGAAAUGCACAUGCACAUGCAUUUUGUGA